AUGUCUAAGAUUACGAGACUAGUUUCUUUAAUUCUUGUAAUUUGGGUAGCGACUAUAGCUGCCGAUAUAAAAAUUUUGACUCCAUCUAAAGACUAUUAUGUCGUUAAGAACUCGAGUUCUCUGGUUACCUGGACUGUCAGCGGGACUGUUCCCGAUCAAAUAUCAAUAAAACUCGCCGACGAACGAGCAACCAACCCAGCAUUCACAGGCAACCUCGGAAUCGGAAACGUCGCCACCUCCACAAAACAAUUCAAUUGGACUGUGGCGGAAAACUUAGUCGAAGGUGACGAAUAUGUGAUUAUAUUGGUUGAUCCAAAUGAUGUGUCGGCGAGUCCGACUCCGGUAGCAACAAGAUCAUCACCAUCAAGCAGUUCAAAGUCAAGUAGCGCAUCUUCAAAUAAUUCCUCGUUUGGUUUUGCAACAUUCUUGAUGGUUGCUAUUACUCUUGCAGUAAGUAAUAUUGAAGAACAGCUUGGAGACUUUUUAAUGACGUUAUAUUCAAUGAAUCAUAUUUCUUUAAUUCUUGUAAUUUGGGUAGCGACUAUAGCUGCCGAUAUAAAAAUUUUGACUCCAUCUAAAAACUAUUAUGUCGUUAAGAACUCGAGUUCUCUGAUUACCUGGACUGUCAGCGGGACUGUUCCCGAUCAAAUAUCAAUAAAACUCGCCGACGAACGAGCAACCAACCUAGAAUUCAUAGGCAACCUCGGAAUCGGAAACAUCGCCACCGCCACAAAACAAUUCAAUUGGACUGUGGCAGACAGCGUAGUCGAAGGUGACGAAUAUGUGAUUAUAUUUACUGAUUCAAAUGAUGUGUCGACUCCGGAUCAUCACCAUCAAGCAGUUCAAAGCCAAGUAGUGCAUCUUCAAAUAAUUCCUCGUUUGGUUUUGCAAUCUUCUUGA